GCAGAGCCCUUCCCCAAAGGAUCCGGCUAGAAAUCUAGGAAGCGCUGACAGACGGCUGUGUUGCUCCUCUAUCGCGGGGCCAGAUAGAGGAGCCGCGGUAUGGCCAGAGUAGUGAGAGAGAGUGCUCUGUUAUACCCAGCAGAAACUGGGUGCUGUCUUGGGCCUAAACUCACCUCCCGCUCCUUUGCUCGCUCACACCCGGAUCCUUCGUCGCGGGGAGGGUGUUUCCGCCCGGCCGCGGUGGGCGUGACGCAACGUCCAGCGCGCGCUUUUCAUGCCUUGGCGUUUCCUUUGGCGGAGUUUCUGUUUUCAGAAGAUGGUGGGUUUGUUUUGUUCCGCGGCAGUGGUGCUUCCCGGAAUCUCAGAAUGCCUGUUAAAAGAUCACUGAAAUUGGAUGAUCUGUUAGAAGAAAAUUCAUUUGAUCCUUCAAAAAUCACAAGGAAGAAAAGUUUUAUAAGUUAUUCUCCAACAACUGGAACUUGUCAAAUGAGUCUGUUUGCUUCUCCCACAAGCUCUGAAGAACAAAAGCACAGAAAUCGACUAUCAAAUGAAAAGAGAAAAAAAUUGAAUCACCCCAGUUUAACUGAAAGCAAAGAAUCGACAACAAAAGACAAUGAUGAAUUGAUGAUGUUGCUAUCUACAGUUGAGAAAUUGUCGGAAGAAAUCAUGACGAUAAUGCAAAAUUUAAGUAGUAUACGGGCUUUGGAGGGCAGUAGAGAGCUUGAAAAUCUCAUUGGAAUCUCCUGUGCAUCACGUUUCUUAAAAAAAGAAAUGCAGAAAACCAAAGAGCUAAUGACAAAAGUAAUUAAACAAAAACUGUUUGAAAGGAGUUCAGGACUUCCUCACAAACGCAUUAAGGCUGACUUGCCCAUUACCAGAUUUUCCCAAAGGACUGAGUUCCUGCAUAGAGGAGACUGUAUGACUAAACCAUGCAUUAAGAAGAAAUGCAGUCACCAUGAGCACCAACUUUUGCAUCUGCCUGAUCAUAUUUAAAGGAACAGAGAAAUAUUUGUAAUUAAUCUGCCCAGUAAAUACCAGCUCGUAGCAGUCAGCAGGUGCAUGUCUAGAUAAAAUUUCUUGCAGCUAAUUUAAACUUUCUACACACACCAGUAGAUAAUCUCAAUGUAAAUAAUACAUUUCUUCUUGACUCUUUAAUGUAAGCCAACAUGGAGAGGAAGAUCUUGACUUAUAUUCUGUACCACACACUUCUGUGGACUUUUAGCAUUCGUGGGUAGACUUAAUAAAGCAUGUAUAAAAGUGGCA